ACUUGCCAUUUUCAUGUGUGUGGAAACAAUGCAAGAUCAUCCCCCCUGUUCUUCGGUGCCAAGAGAGGGAUUUGUUGAAUAGACAUAGAGAAUCCUCUUUUGGUUAGGUCCCAGUGCAGAAAGGAAGACAUCCUGUCAAUGUAUCGCGUUCAGCCAAUGUCAUGAACAUGAUAAUCAUGUUAGAAAGAUAUCCCUAAAUCUGUAUAUUACCUAGUGGAUCUCCUCAGAGUUGUUUUUAUUUAGAUGAUGACAAUUUAAUUGUUUCUUUCUGUUUUUGUCAUUUAUGCAGAUUUUUCCUCAAGUUCUUCCUCAAGUGCAACCAGAACUGCUUGAAAAAUGCAGGGAAUCCAAGAGAUAUGCGUCGAUUUCAGGUGGUUAUAUCUACAACUCCAAAUGUUGAUGGUCAUGUGCUGGCCAUGUCCGAUAACAUGUUUGUACACAACAACUCCAAACACGGCCGGAGAGCGAGAAGACUUGACCCGUCUGAAGGAGGUACCUCCCAUUACCCUCUCUGGAACUGUGCGUACCCCACAGCUACGCCGUGCAUCAAGGCAAUCAGCCCUAGCGAAGGAUGGACAACAGGGGGCGCCACUGUCAUCAUCGUCGGCGACAACUUCUUCGACGGACUCCAGGUCGUCUUUGGCAGCAUGAUCGUCUGGAGUGAGCUCAUCACCCCCCACGCCAUCAGAGUACAAACCCCACCCCGACACAUCCCCGGGGUGGUGGAGGUCACAUUGUCGUACAAGUCCAAGCAGUUCUGCAAGGGGGCGCCAGGCAGGUUCGUCUACGUCUCACUGACAGAGCCGACAAUAGAUUACGGGUUCCAAAGACUGAGCAAGCUUGUCCCGCGGCAUCCUGGCGAUCCAGAUAGACUGCCAAAGGAAAUCAUUCUGAAGCGAGCAGCGGAUCUGGCAGAGGCCUUGUAUAGUAUGCCAAGGAAUCAACUCCCCAUUGGGCCGCCCCGAUCACCCGCCCUCAACAACAGCUCCGGUAGUCUAGUACCCAUGAACUCUUUCGGUAGCCAGCUAGAACACGAAAGUGACCAACAUUCAGGUUUCUCACGAGUGCAGCCAAGCAGUACGCUAUCACCCAGGGGUUACUCCUCGGGUUUGUCCACGCCCCACAGUAGCGGGGGAAGCCCCAGUUCCUACUCCGGGUCAUCGGCACUCAACGGGUACCCUAGCGCCAACAUGGGCGUCCCGUCCUCCUCAAGUAUCUUCAACGGUGCUGCAACUCCGGUAUCCAUCAUCCCCGCUUCCCCGCCCCUCCCGACCCCCCACCACCCCACCAGUACCGCGGCAGGGGGCAACCAGGGCUCUGCCUCUGGCCCCCUCUCCUUCUCUCCCGCCAACAUGAUCACUGCCGUUAAGCAGAGGAGUGCCUUUGCCCCCGUAGUUCGUUCCCCUUCAAGCCCCUCCACCAAUGGUGUGAUUGGGGUUGGGGGCGGUGGAGGAGGGGCAGGGCCUGCUAUCAACCAAGAACACUACUGUGCGUGGUUUUACCAUGAUGAAGAAGUCAAAGAGAAAAGAAACGCUGCAAUGAUGUCACCGCCAUCUUUCUGCAGUGUAGGAGGCCCCUUCGCUCUGCCGACCUGUAGCGCAUCGGCGUACAGCAGUCACAUCGAUAGUCCAGGCAAAUGAGAACCGAUAAAAACAGCAAGGCAGACUGAAUGGAACAAUCAAACUUAUCAGGAGAAAAGAGAGGACUCAGUUAGUUGACAUUUUUCUGCAGUGCGCGGACGACAAAGUUUGAACUGCAAAGAGACUGGUGGAUAAUCAUGGAGAUGAUUUUAACAGCUCAGAAUGAAGCGGAAAGCAUUUUUUCCAUACUUGAAUGGAAACGAAAUGGUAUUCUCAACCAUAAAUACCUUAUACCUCCAACUGAUAACAAUUUACAAAAGAAAGUAGCUUUAGGUUUUAUAAGGCUAUCGUCAAUAUUCCUCUGAUGAUAGUGCAACUGGAAUCAACUCAUUCCCAGCUUCUUGUUCAUAUCUUUAUAUCAUGAAUGUGCACUUAACUAAACUCACCAAUACAAACAAGUAAACAAGUCUCUCAAAAAGACUCUGAGAUACUUGCAUGUGACCAACUAAAGUAUGUUCUUUUGAGAAGCAAGAUUGGCAGAGCAGAGCAGAGGCUUGUGUUGAGAUCAGAGUUUUCUCAUUUUACCGGUUGGUGAUUUAGUAAUGCGGGCAAGGCUGAACGAGCUUAACGAGAAUGAUGAGGGGUGAUCCCAAGGGGUACAAGGGGGGUAUGGCCACGCCCGAAACCCUCAAACCCUGCUGAUUACCAGCUGGAAAUGCUGGCUAGUUUGGGAGCCGGUUCCAAAUUGAGGGGCAUUUUCAGCAGCAAUGGUAAUCAUGGCAGGUUUUUGUGGGGUCACUCUGUGGUCAAGAGUACAUGUAAGUCAUUCAGAAGGGGGUUAAUCGAAGUUUCAACACAAAAUUAGCACCCUUCUGGCUCCAAACAGACAUAUUAUGGGGAUUAUGAACUUCUCAUUUAUUGAAACACAAGCAUUAUUCUGCUUAUGAUGAUAUUAUAACAAAAUAAACUUACGUAGGGAACGAAGAUGGAGUGUCAUAAAGCAAAUGUUAAAUUGAUUGGAAUCAUCUUGGACUGAAAAUGGAAAUGUAGUUUGAUAUCUGAUUCCUGUUGGAAGUGUCUCAAUGAUCUAAUCUAAAUGAUUAGGUGUAAUUUUUGUUUGAUUAUAUUACCCUUGUGAACGGAAUUAGAUAGUCAUGACCAAAAUAUUAAGGAGCAAAGUUGAAAGCAGCAAGAUGAGAGAAGGCAAUGAAAACGAUAUGACCAAAAUAGUUGUAGUUUCAAAUGUGCAUCUGUAUUAUUUAUUAUGUUUGUUAUUAAUACUGCCUCCAUUGCUUUUGCUUACAAGAGGGGAAAUGUGGACAGAAAAAAAAAUCAUGAAAACUGGUGCUUGCCAAAAUGUACAAAAAUGGUAUUUAUACUGUAAGGUAAUGUUUGUAAAUAGGACAUAAAGCAUGAUGAAUAGAAACAAGUGUGAAAGAGAGAGCGAGAGAGGUGACGCAAGAUUUUUAGCAAAAUGCAUUUGAUAGAUGAUAAUGAAAUGAAAGACGAUAGGCUGCAUUUCUAGCUAGCCCAAUGUUGUCCCGAAUUGUACAAAGAAAAGUUUUAUCUUGUAGUUAUGACGGAAGAAAAAUCAACCUGUGAAAUGUAACGAUUAUAUCUGUGUAGUAAUAUUGCCAUGUAGAUGGGUAUAGGUGUUGUCCAUGUACACAAUCAGUCAAUUUUUUUAGAAAGGAUUUGUGUAUUCAUAGAACUCUGAAGGAGACAAGACACACCAAAAUCAUUGUAUAUAUUUAUAUUUAUAUAUAUUCUAUAUAUCGAGUUGGUUCAAUCCUGUUAUUUUGCUUUCGUAAUCUGUGAAGAUUUAUAAAUGUAUACCUGUCCUUUGUAAACCUGUAAUCUCUAAAUCAUGUGGUUCAAUUUUUUUUUAAUAUGUCUCUUUUUAGCAUCAGUUUUAUUUGUGUUGAAGAGUUCAAUAUCUAAAGUCCAUUCCGAGUUCGUACCAAUAUAUAUUUCAACCUCUUAAAUCAAAGCAAAGUGCUGCAUUUUAUGUCUUUUCAUUAUUUUUGUCAUUAGAUAUCUGCCAAAAGAUGCUCAAAAUCGAUGAACUAGAUGAGAAAAACGUACUUAGUGACAAAACUCCUUUUAACGUACAGUGGUAUGACGUUCAUCAACUCAGAGAUUAAAAAAAAAAACACUUCUGUACGUUUCAAUAACAACAGUAUAUUUCAUGUCCACAUUUGUCAAAUUUUAUUCCAAAUUCAUAGUUCUCUAUUCCAACAUUUUCAUUCAAGUUACAUCAUCUAUUUUUUCCCACUUAUUUUAAACACUUAUAAAUAGAUUCAGGAUUAUUAGAUAAGUAAAAAUAGGUGCAUUAUAAUAAAUCUUUUAACUCCUCUUUUGAAUAUCUUGCACACGAUUUGAACAAUCAGGGUGAUAAAGCAGUAAAAAUAACACAAGAAAGAAAGAAUAAUGCCAUUGACAGUAUUCAUUGAUAGAUAGCCCAAAUAAGCUGUAUUCAAUCUGUGGUAUUCAUGCUAACUAUCCAAUAUUUGUUAUUCUUUUGAAUGAGGAUAAUUUGAUGGUGAAAUAAAUGUAGUAUUCAUUAUUUAUUGACUUGCUCAUUUCAAUUUAUGCAAUACAUUUAUAUUGCUAUUAUUACUAUUUUUUCAUAUUGAAGUCUCAAGAUUAUAUUCUCACUUUGUAUUUAAUAAUCUUGUAAAUCAAUCCCUGACAUAUGCAUACCUAUUCUGAUUUGCAAUGUAUGGUAAGUUUUCACAGGAAAUUUAAAAAGGAAUGUGAUUUUUUGAUAAACUUUUUUUUCCUUUCUAUCACAUGAUAAAACCAUUCCAACAUGACAAUUUCAUUGUAGUGUCAUUGAUGUCAAACACAAGUAAAGUUUUCAUCAUCACUUUAAGAGCUCGCUAUCAUAAACAACAUCCCAAAUUAAACCUGUGAAUCCCCAUUGACCCCUUUGUCUCAAUAGAAAUAUAGAUAUGGCAUUUCUUAGAAAGUAAGGAAACCUCGUUAAAUGCAAGGUUCUAUUAAAUUUUCUUACUAACCAAAUCAAAUUUUCUCACCCAUUUCAUGAGAACUCAUUCAUAAGGGAUAGGAGUUUUCUAUUUAAAGAGGGAAGGCAAAGCAGUAAAUCUUUCAUUAAUUCCUUGAUCACCACAUUACAGGUUUAAUUGUUAUCCUAAAUUUAGAUACCGGUAUGAUGAACUUUGAACCUAUGCUUUUUUAUGUAAUGUCACACACUUCAUUGCCAUUUUUGUUUAGUUUUGUGAAUAUAUAUCAAAAGUAUAAAACUAAAAUGCAGACAGAAUUCAGUAUUACUUAACGUCCAUUCAUUUGGAAUGGACAAUCGUGUUCUAUGUUGUUAUUUUUUGUUUAAAGAAGUGAUUUAAACUGGUGUUUUCGCUCUAGUUUGAAUCAAGAUGAUUGUGUCAAUGAAAUACAAAAAAACAAACUAUUGAAUUCCAUGCUCAGGGCCAACGUUGUGUCACCAUGGCAAAACUUGUACAUUCUUAGAGUCGUUGUAUAACAGUUCAAAAAUUCAACAUUAGGGCAGCAAGGGUUGUAUGCUUAUUUUCCUCUAAAUUUUGUUUGUCUAAAAUGUGAUUUGUAUCGAAAAUUGCAAUUGUUUUUAAAAUUGUCAGAAAUGUUGUGAAGCCCUUGUUGCCCUAUAAGUGCAUGUCAAUGUACUUGAUUAAUUGUAGAAGAUAGUAAGGAGUUGAGUGUGUUGUAUUUCUUUAUACUUCAUAGACUCAAACAUCAUAUUGUUAUGCUUAAUUAAUGAGUAGAUAGUCAUAUAUAUUGAUGCAAAUAUGACAGAUUUAACCCACCAAAUGAACCUCGCCUAUUAUCUCGUUUAUUAAAACACGAGAGAGACGAAGUGAAAGGAGAGAAAGUGAGAGUGAGUGAGAUGUUUCAUUUGUCUCAAUAUUUUCCAUGUUUGAUGUUUUAAUAUAAACACAGGGUACUUCGGUAGUGAAAUUACAUUGGUGGCAACUCCUGUGAUUGCGUUCCCAUAUGGGACUUUUAAUUGCACGGAACACCGACACCUUCAUUGCAAAUUUGUUUACACUUCGCUGGAUGAUGUAGAGCAGAGCUGCAGUAGGUGUCCGUGUUUGAAAUAUUAACCAUAUGUGAGCGCACCACCUGUAGACAGCUUGUAGUUUGUAGUGUACCAUAAUAGACCACGUCAUGGAGAAUGCCUUAACCCGUUCACAUACAGGAGAUGGGUUAUGUGCGUUUGACGAGUAGUUACAGACUAUGACAAGAAAUGUUCAGUAUUCCUUUUAGAUUACUCUGUUUAACUGUAAUGUACAUAGUUUUUUAUAUAACACUUUCUCCUUGGUUUAUCGAUCUACUGGGCUGCCAAAGUGGAGAGUUUAGUCCUUUUCUUUUGCACCAUUUUCCCAAUUUUGAUAUGAGAAGUAUUGUGAAUUAUGUUAAGAAAAAAUAUGAUCAUGCUUGUAAAAAUGGCUGUCUUUAAUAAUUAUGAGUUUUGAGAGAAGGGAAGGAAAGAAAUGUAAAACUCGCUUCUCACUUUGCAUACUUGUAUGUGUCUUUAUGUCUUGGUGUUUUAAUGAUGAAUAAAUUCAAUGGUGAAUACAUAUCAAGACAAAA